AAAUGUUUACAUCCAGCAGUGGUGUGUUAGUGACUGGAUCUCCUCUAAAGACUGAACACCAGGAAAAUCACAAAGACACAGAGUUAGCAGUCGCCAUUUAACCAGUCAACAUGGGUGGAGCUGUGAGUGCCGGUGAGGACAACGACGAUUUGAUUGACAACCUGAAGGAGGCUUACUACAUCCGCUCUGACCUGGUGGAGCGGGCUUUCAGAGCUAUAGACCGCGCUGACUAUUACCUGGAUGAAUACAGAGAUAACGCUUACAAGGACUUGGCUUGGCGGCAUGGAAACAUCCACCUGUCUGCUCCGUGUAUCUACUCUGAGGUGAUGGAGGCUCUGGAUCUCCACCCUGGUCUCUCCUUCCUCAACCUUGGCAGUGGGACUGGCUACCUCAGCACCAUGGUCGGCCUCAUAUUGGGACCAUUUGGGGUGAAUCAUGGGAUCGAGCUACAUGCAGAUGUCAUAGAGUACGCCUACCAGAAGCUUGAUUCCUUCAUCAAAACCAGUGACAGCUUUGAUAAAUUUGAGUUCUGCGAGCCGUCCUUUGUGGUGGGAAACUGUCUGGAGAUUCCUCCAGAGAGCCGUCAGUAUGACCGGGUGUACUGUGGGGCUGGGGUGCAGAAGGACCACGAGGACUACAUGAAGAACCUGCUGAAGGUGGGGGGCAUCCUGGUGAUGCCUCUGGAGGAAAAGUUGACCAAGAUCACACGUACAGGACCAAACAGCUGGGAGACCAAAAAGAUCAUCUCUGUGUCCUUCGCUCCUCUUGUGCUGCCCAAACACAGCACCAACGGCAAACCCAAGACCGCCCCGCUGCCAAAGUACGAGGUCCGGACGUUACAGGAGCUGGCUCGCAUCUGUAUCCGCCACACCCUCAGAGUCACCACGGACGGAGGAGACAGUCAAUCUCGCGGCAGGGGUUCCUCCUUCAGCGUGGGCAGGGGUCUGGCUGUGGCCGGCCUCCACAAGUAUGGCCCUCGCUUCAAACGCCGGCGCGUCCACCGGCGCCACUGCAAUGCCCUGGUCCUCGCCACACGCCAGGUGGUGGCCAGCAGCGGCAUCGCCGUCGCCCAACUGGACAACAACAACAAUCAGGGAGGGAGAGCGGAGGACGAGGAGGAGGUGGCGGUGGGGGAGAGGGAGACGAGGCGGCAGAUGAGGGGGAGCGGCGGCGGCAGGAGGGCGGGGAGAGGGGAGAGAGUGGUGGAAGAGGAGGAGACGGUGGAGGAGGAGGAUGAAGAGGAGGAACAGGAGGAGGAGGAGGAGAAGGAGACGGGGGAGCUGCUGCGACCCCAGCCAGCCGUUAACGUGCUGAGAGAGAGAAUACUGGGCCUGCCGCUGCCUGAGCCUCUGAAGAUGUACCUGCUGUACUACAGAGAGAAAUGAGCUCCACCUAGGUCCAGAAUCUACAAGGCAGGACUACAUCACACCUACCUUACUCCACAGAUCCACCAUCUCUCUUUCUCUCUCUUACUCUCUCUCACCUCUCCAUCAUCCAUCCUCUCACUCUCCUGCUGCUCCCCUCUUUUUUGCUCUGCCUCCCACUGUUCUUGUACUCGUUUCACCUGGAACUGUAAAGAGUCCACU